AAGACUUUGAAACAUAUGCAAGAAGGAGGUGACAGCUGCAGGCUACCCUGCAAGGGAGAGGUUGUUAUAUCAUUGCAAAAGGUGUCAAAUACAAGAAGCAUCGCUGCAUCCAGGAAAACCUCGAGUCAAAGGCUCUACACACACCGACGAAGACCGACAGACUGACACAGACAGACUGGGACCCGCAGCGUUCCUCAUUGGAGAUCAGUUCACCCAGCGGGCAUGGUUCAGUUCCCCGCGGUUGCGGUGGUACUGCUGCUAGGCAGCUGCGUUCGUGCGUGGGACUUGGAUAACUGUUGCUCCUGUCACCUGGUCCGAUGCGUUCCGACCGGCGACCUCGUCUUCGUGCCGUGCCCGAGUCCAUCGCUCCUCAAAAACGCCGAUGUGAGCUUCCGGCUCGAACAUUCAGAAGAGAUGGCGUCCUACGACUUCGAAGGAUCGAGAUGGAAUCGCUCGGAGCUUGACGCCGGGCUGGAGGAAAACGUGACGAUGGCAAAGAGACGGACGGAGAUCAAUGUCAAGAUGCACUUGAACACGACGGCGUCGGACGGGUGGGCGCGGUUCGCGCUCGUCGGGGUCGCCGCGGAGGACAGCGGCUUGUAUCGGUGCAGCGCCACGGUCACCCACCCCCCCCCCGGGCUGAUCCUCUGCAACGCGUCCACAGUGGACCUCCGCCUGGAAGGGCACCAGUGCGAGGCCCCUGUGGUCUGUGGCCCCCCGGUCUCCGGGCCCCCUGAGGGUCUCUCGACCUGGAUCUGGAUCGGGGCGAUGGCGGCCCUGGGCGUGUAUGCCCUGCUCGUCACCGUCGUGGCCUCGGUCAAAAUUGUCCGGGUAAAUAAAGACGAAAAGAACCAGAGUGAGUACAUGAACACCAAACGUGUGGCGCGCUGAGAAGAGGAUCACAAGGGAAGGUCUAGAGCGGCUGUUGCAGCAGCCCUCCUGAUUGGUUCAUGCCUAGCCAAUCAGAGUCUUACCUUGCUUGUCUGACCAAUCAAACAAUAGACUUGGAGCAGGGAUGGGCAACUUUCAUGAUAAAGAGGGCCACAAUUCUUCAUCAUCACCAUCAGAGUGCCAUGUGACUGUGCACUUUAACUAGACGUAAACUGAGAGAAGCUACACAUUUUUGAAUAUGUUGGAUAUGAUUUCCUGUAUUCUGGUGCAUUUUGGGGAUGGCCACUACCUACAAAACCUUCCAGAUUCAUAAACUAUGUAUGGUAUGUUGAUUGAACCAACAUACAUUCAUUUCAUGUUUUCCAUGCUCAAACCACCACAUGAUUGGUUAGUAUUUUGAUCACUGCAAAGGGCUCACAUACAUCAUCAUUCAAUGAUGUCACAAAACUGAAAAACAGUUGCCCAACAUUAAGUGCAACAACUCAAUGAAGUCAAACCCAACAAGCAUGACAUUCACUUCAGGGCAGUUUUAGUAGUUGUAGUGGCGACUUAAAGUGGAAAUCUUUCAUGACUGAUAUCGUUUCUAAGCAAACUAGACACAUGGGUUUGCCUUUGAAUUCUAUGAACAGAUACUCUGCUUUUCUUCUUUCUUAACCAAGUUUUCUGUAACUCGUUUCUUUUAUUUUUUUUCUUCUUUUUUUUUAUUAUUAAAUAAAAAUUAUGUGCGGG